AUUCAGAGCUCGCAUAGUAUAAAAGAAGCCAACUGACGGCUGCAAACCAACUCCCAUCUGGGCUCCAUAAGACAGAGCAUCAAGUGUGGUUUUGAAGAUGAUGAAAAUUGCGAUCUUAUUCGCCCUCGUGGCUGCCGCUGUUGCGGAGCCCACAUCCCUCCUGAACUCGUUGAGCCCCACCGGGCGUAUCGUCGGUGGUGUUGCUACCUCCAUCGAUGAGGUACCCUACCAGGUAUCUCUCCAGGUCUUCGGCUCCCACAUCUGUGGUGGUGCCCUCAUCUCCGACACCUGGGUCUUGACCGCUGCUCACUGCAUGGUCUACCCCACUGCCUGGUUCACCAUCCGCUCUGGAUCCACCCUCUCCAACAGCGGCGGUAGCACAACCUCGUUCGCCUCUGUCAUCAACCACGCCAGCUACGGUUCGAACAGAUGGGGAAUCCCAAUCAACGACAUUGCUCUCAUCCAACUGAGCAGCGCCGUCUCCCUGGGAUCCACCCGUGCCGCCAUUUCUUUGUACAGUGCCAACGAGGAAGCCGUUGUCGGUUCUUCCGCCGUCAUCACCGGAUGGGGUGCCCUUACUGAGGGAGGCAGCUCUCCCGUCGUCCUCCAGACCGUUACCGUCCCAAUUGUCUCCAAGUCCGACUGUAACACCGCUUACAGAAUCUGGGGAGGACUUCCCGACGGCCAGAUCUGUGCCGCUGUUCCUGAGGGAGGCAAAGACGCCUGCCAGGGUGACUCUGGUGGUCCCCUCGCCAUCAGCGGACGUCUCGCUGGUGUCGUUUCCUGGGGUAACGGAUGCGCCCGCGCUGGAUGGCCCGGUGUAUACACCGAGGUCGCUUCCUACCGCAGCUGGAUCUCCACCAACUCUGGAAUCUCUCAAGGCCCUCGGCUCUACCACAACGAGCUGAGUCCCACGGGCUGCACCGUUGGCGGAGUGGCAACCUCGAUCGACGAGGGUGAUACCGUCAGCCUUGUCACCGCCAUAAAAAUCCAUGAGAGCUACGGAACAAACUCAUUCGUGGUUCCCGUGAACAACAUCACCCUCGUCAGGUCAGGAUCCGCGUUUGUCCAGGACUCGGUUGGCGCAGUCAUUGUUCUCUAUUCAUCUGGAGAAGAGGCCGAAGUGGGCACCAACGUCGUGAUCACCGGAUGUGAGGCGGCAGACAAAUGUAAAACAACUCCCAUCCGGACUUCAGAAAUCAAAGCAUCAAGCGCGGUUCUGAAGAUGAUGAAAGUUGCGAUCCUGUUUGCCCUCGUGGCUGCCGCUGUUGCGGAGCCCACAUCCCUCCUGAACUCGUUGAGCCCCACCGGGCGUAUCGUCGGUGGUGUUGCUACCUCCAUCGAUGAGGUACCCUACCAGGUAUCUCUCCAGGUCUUCGGCUCCCACAUCUGUGGUGGUGCCCUCAUCUCCGACACCUGGGUCUUGACCGCUGCUCACUGCAUGGUCUACCCCACUUCCUGGUUCACCAUCCGCUCUGGAUCCACCCUCUCCAACAGCGGCGGUAGCACAACCUCCUUCGCCUCUGUCAUCAACCACGCCAGCUACAGUUCGAACAGAUGGGGAAUCCCAAUCAACGACAUUGCUCUCAUCCAACUGAGGAGCGCCGUCUCCCUGGGAUCCACCCGUGCCGCCAUUUCUUUGUACAGCGCCAACGAGGAAGCCGUUGUCGGUUCUCCCGCCGUCAUCACCGGAUGGGGUGCCCUUACUGAGGGAGGCAGCUCUCCCGUCGUCCUCCAGACCGUCACCGUCCCAAUUGUCUCCAAGUCCGACUGUAACACCGCUUACAGCAUCUGGGGAGGACUUCCCGACGGCCAGAUCUGUGCCGCUGUUCCUGAGGGAGGCAUGGACGCCUGCCAGGGUGACUCUGGUGGUCCCCUCGCCAUCAGCGGACGUCUCGCUGGUGUCGUUUCCUGGGGUAAUGGAUGCGCCCGCGCUGGAUGGCCCGGUGUAUACACCGAGGUCGCUUCCUACCGCAGCUGGAUCUCCACCAACUCUGGAAUCUAAGAAGCCGUCUCUCAACAGGACCUCUCCAACCCUCCAAUCAACCGUGAGGCUUCAUUCAAUUCCCGAUCUUGUAAUAUCGAUGAAAAUAAAACAAUUCAAAUGAAAAUUUA